AUGGUCUCGACACGAUCGCUGUCAUGGACGUGCGUAUUGGUGCAGCUCGUCCUGUCGUGUGCCUGCCUACUCGGCUCGUUGGCCAUCAUCGCCGCCAUUCUUCAGAGCAAAUCCGUGUACCCGGAACGGGAGACGCCUAGCGCUGAAUGGUGGCUGCUCUCCGCGCUGUCAUUGUUCAUGAUCGGCGCGUCGAUAUUGGCCAUGUUCGGGCUGGCGGCGAGGAAUACGCACCUCAUCUUGCCGCAUAUAUUUUUAUUGGGUCUCUGCUCGGUGUUCGUCGGCUGGUGCCUCUACACCGUCGUGUCAAACCCGGAUCCGGCAGAUUUCAACUGGUGGAUAAGCCUGUGCUCCCUCUCGACGGCCGAAUUCUUCUUGGGCAUCUCCUUGGCGCUGGAGACGAAGAUCGCCGUCUCCGUUUCC